AUGGACGUCUUUGCCGCAAAUAACGAUCAAUGCGAUCGCCUCAAGACGCCCUCGUAUCUUGAACUCGUCGUAUCAAUCGUCCUCUUGCUCGGCAUUCUUGUAUCCUAUCUUCCUCAACACUAUCGCAUUAUUUCUCGGGGCACCUCCGAAGGCAUUUCGCCUUAUUUUGUACUUUUGGGUGUUACUUCUGCUACCGCUGGUUUCGCAAACAUCCUUACUGUCCCACCGUCUCGUGCCGCCAUAGGAUGUUGCAAAGAGCUCGGCAAAUUCGAAUGCGCAGCCGGUCUGCUUGGUGUCGCUCAGCUCGGCGCCCAAUGGCUUUGCUUCAGCCUCAUUCUCGUUCUUUUCCUCAUCUUCUUUCGAUAUAGAGAAGCCAAUGUUCCCACAGACGAACUUCGCGGUGAAGCUCCCAGAUGGCAGACUGCCGUCAUGGUGGGACUUCUCUGUGUCCUGCAUGGCCUCAUUGUGAUUAUUCUGACAGGAGUGUUCUUUAUUGCACUACCUGACCAUCUUGUCUUCUGGGCGAACUUCCUGGGCAUCAUGGCUACAGUUUUGGCUGCUAUACAAUACGUACCGCAGAUCUGGAUGACUUACCACUUGAAACAUGUUGGAAGUUUGAGUAUCCCCAUGAUGUGCAUUCAGACUCCAGGCGGUUUCUUGUUUGCAGGCAGCUUGUUCGCCCGACUUGGAUGGGAGGGCUGGAGCACCUGGUUCAUCUACUUGAUCACUGCAUCUAUGCAGGGAUCGGUCCUCUUCAUGGGUGUCUACUACGAAUACACGGCGCGACAGCGUGGUGGACAUGACAACGCUCACCCCGACAGCGCACCCCACUCGCCUGUGGAAUAUUCGAACGCCCCCCGAAGGCCACCGCCAGGCAGCCGAACCUACUCAGAAGGCUGGGAGCGUGGUCUUCCAGGACCCUUUACCGGUCAUCCUGAGCGAUACGCGGAGACGGAGGAGGACCUAGACGAUAUCCAGGAGCGCGAGGAGCGUGCCAUUCAGAGGGAAAACCAGCCGCUACUGAAGCCUGGUGGCAUUGGCAACCCUCAUAGAACAUACGACGCCACCGAACAGUCAUGA